AUGAUCGAAUCAGAGAUAGUUGCCCCUCGAUCCGUUAAAGGUGUGUUAUCUGGGAAGCAUUAUAAUCGCUCUGUAAGAGUUCACAAGUUAAUUUAUGAAGCAAUGCAAAGGAUGCGAUUUGAGGCAUUUGAAAAGUCCUUAGCAAGUUCUGCGUCCAACCAGUUUGACUGGGUUGGCAUCAGUGUUCUGGAGGAUUCUGAGAGAGAAUCGUUUACUGAAAUCUGUACGAGCAAGCAGGUCAAUGAUGCAAAAAGGACUUAUGAUACGUUCGUGGAAAAACGAAGCGAAGAGAAUCCUACGUUUGCCCUCUGGUCCAAAUAUAUCGACAUGGUUCAACUACUCCUACUCUACAUCAGAGCAACGAGAACAUCAAAUUGGGAACUACACCUUAGUUCACUCCGGUCAAUGAUCCCCUGGUUUUUUGCAACGGAUCGAGUGAAUUACUCCAGAUACGCGCCGUGCUACUGGCUUGAAAUGUUGUGUUUAGAGAAAACUCACCCCUGUAAGUGA